CCCCACCCGUUCGCCCGCCCGCCCGCCCCGGCCGCGUCGGAGGGCCGGCAGCGGGGCUGGAUGUGCCCGGCUCCCCCCGCGCUGAGGCGGGCAGCGAUGCAGAAGGCAGGCGGCAGCUUCGCCUCCGCCGAGAGACACCCGCUCAAGAUGGCAGAUGUGUGUUGAGUUUGGGGGGCUGCGAUCUCGCGUCGUUCGUGGCGGCGUUGCCAUGAAUAACAGGCGUCCUUGCACCGAUGGCCCCCAUGUACGAAGGUAUGGCCUCGCAUGUGCAAGUUUUCUCUCCUCACACCCUUCAGUCAAGUGCCUUCUGUAGCGUGAAGAAACUGAAAGUGGAGCCGAGUUCGAACUGGGAUAUGACUGGGUACGGCACACACAGCAAAGUCUACAGCCAGAGCAAGAACGUGCAGUCCUCCCAAGCAGCCGCCGCAGCAGCCGUCAACGCCUCCCUACAGAUCCCCAAUCCGAGCAUCCCUUACGAACAGACCAUCAUCUUCCCAGCAAGCACGGGGCACAUCGUGGUGACAUCCGCCAACAGUACUUCUGGUGUGGUUGCAGUGUCUGGGCAAACACUGGGCGGGCCACACAACCUGAUGCGUCGCAGCACUGUGAGCCUUCUGGACACCUACCAAAAAUGUGGACUUAAGCGCAAGAGUGAGGAGAUCGAGAACACGAGCAGCGUGCAGAUCAUCGAAGAGCAUCCACCAAUGAUUCAGAACAAUGCCAGUGGGGCCACUGUAGCCACCGCCACCACCUCCACGGCCACCUCCAAAAACAGUGGCUCCAACAGCGAAGGGGAUUACCAGCUGGUGCAACAUGAGGUGCUCUGUUCCAUGACCAACACGUACGAAGUGUUAGAGUUUCUUGGCCGUGGAACCUUUGGACAAGUAGUCAAAUGCUGGAAACGUGGCACUAAUGAGAUUGUGGCCAUCAAGAUCCUAAAGAACCAUCCUUCCUAUGCCCGGCAAGGCCAGAUUGAAGUGAGCAUCCUGGCUCGUCUGAGCACAGAAAGUGCGGAUGACUACAACUUUGUCCGUGCGUAUGAGUGCUUCCAGCACAAGAAUCACACGUGCUUGGUCUUUGAAAUGUUGGAGCAGAACCUCUAUGAUUUCCUAAAACAAAACAAAUUCAGUCCCUUGCCCCUUAAGUACAUUCGACCAAUUCUCCAGCAGGUAGCAACUGCCCUAAUGAAGCUGAAAAGCCUGGGACUGAUUCAUGCUGAUCUCAAACCAGAGAACAUCAUGUUGGUAGACCCAUCCCGACAGCCAUAUAGGGUCAAGGUCAUAGACUUUGGUUCAGCUAGCCAUGUGUCUAAAGCUGUGUGUUCUACUUACCUUCAAUCCAGAUAUUACAGAGCCCCUGAAAUCAUCCUCGGUUUACCGUUUUGUGAAGCAAUCGAUAUGUGGUCAUUGGGAUGUGUCAUUGCAGAGCUGUUCUUGGGCUGGCCGUUGUACCCGGGAGCUUCAGAGUAUGAUCAGAUUCGCUAUAUUUCACAGACACAGGGCUUACCAGCAGAGUAUUUGUUAAGUGCAGGGACAAAGACUACGAGGUUUUUCAACAGGGAUACAGACUCACCAUAUCCUUUGUGGAGGCUGAAGACGCCAGAUGAUCAUGAGGCAGAGACGGGGAUUAAGUCGAAGGAAGCAAGAAAGUAUAUUUUCAACUGUUUGGAUGAUAUGGCACAGGUGAACAUGACAACGGAUUUGGAAGGAAGUGAUAUGUUGGUGGAAAAGGCGGACCGGCGGGAGUUUAUAGAUCUGUUAAAGAAGAUGUUGACGAUAGAUGCAGAUAAGAGAAUAACACCCAUUGAAACUCUGAACCACCCUUUUGUCACCAUGACGCACUUGCUCGAUUUCCCUCACAGCACACAUGUCAAGUCCUGCUUCCAGAACAUGGAGAUUUGCAAGCGGCGGGUGAAUAUGUAUGACACGGUGAACCAGAGCAAGACACCAUUCAUCACCCAUGUAGCCCCAAGUACAUCGACCAACUUGACCAUGACUUUUAACAACCAGCUGAACACAGUGCACAACCAGACCACCAACCUGGCUCCCACCUCCUCCAGUGCCACUAUUUCCUUAGCCAACCCCGAGGUCUCCAUACUAAAUUACCAAUCUGCACUCUACCAGCCCUCAGCGGCGUCCAUGGCUGCGGUGGCCCAGCGGAGCAUGCCCCUGCAGACAGGAACAGCGCAGAUCUGUGCCCGGCCCGACCCCUUCCAGCAAGCUCUCAUCGUCUGCCCACCAGGCUUCCAAGGGUUACAAGCCUCCCCUUCGAAGCAUGCUGGGUAUUCAGUUCGGAUGGAGAACGCCGUUCCCAUUGUCACUCAGGCUCCUGGGGCCCAGCCUCUUCAGAUCCAGCCAGGACUCCUCGCACAGCAAGCGUGGCCCAGUGGCACUCAGCAGAUCCUGCUCCCUCCUGCCUGGCAGCAGCUGACCGGGGUGGCCACCCACACUUCUGUCCAGCACGCGACCGUCAUCCCGGAGUCCAUGGCAGGCACCCAACCGCUGGCAGACUGGAGAAACACCCACGCUCACGGCAGCCAUUACAACCCCAUCAUGCAGCAGCCGGCGCUGUUGGCGAGCCACGUGGCUCUCCCCGCGGCCCAGCCCGUCAACGUGGGUGUUGCUCACGUCAUGCGCCAGCCGCCCGCCGCCGCCUCCGCCAGGAAGAGCAAGCAGCACCAGUCGGCGCCCCGAAAUGCAUCCACCUAUGAAGUUUCAUCCUCUCAAUCCAUCAGCUCGCCUCAGCGGUCGAAACGAGUGAAGGAAAACACGCCUCCCCGCUGUGCCAUGGUGCACAACAGCCCUGCCUGCAGCACCUCCGUCACGUGCGGCUGGGGGGACGUGGCGACCAGCACCACGCGGGAGCGGCAGCGGCAGACGAUAAUCAUUCCCGACACCCCUAGCCCCGCAGUGAGUGUCAUCACUAUCAGCAGCGACACAGAUGAAGAGGAGGAGCAGAAGCAUGCACCCACCAGCACCUUGUCCAAGCAAAGGAAGAACGUCAUCAGCUGUGUCACUGUGCAUGACUCCCCCUACUCCGAUUCCUCCAGCAACAACAGCCCUUACGCCGUGCAGCAUCGGGCAGGGCAGAAUAAUGGGAACACCUACGACACCAAAGGGGUUCCAGAGACUCACUGCAGUGGGAACCCCCGAACGAUCAUCGUGCCACCACUGAAAACCCAGGCCAGUGAGGUGUUGGUAGAGUGCGAUAGCCUGGCACCAGUCACCACCAGUCACCACUCAUCCUCCUACAAGUCCAAGUCCUCCAGCACCGUGACCUCCACCAGCGGUCACUCUUCAGGGAGCUCGUCUGGAGCCGUUGCCUAUAGGCAGCAGCGACCAGGAGCACAUUUCCAGCAGCAGCAGCCUCUUAAUCUAAGUCAGGCCCAGCAGCACAUCACGACCGAUCGCACAGGGAGUCACCGGAGACAGCAAGCCUACAUCACUCCAACGAUAGCUCAGGCCCCGUACUCUUUCCCGCACAACAGUCCCAGCCACGGUACGGUUCAUCCUCACUUGGCUGCGGCUGCCGCUGCUCACCUGCCCACCCAACCCCACCUCUACACAUACACCGCCCCCGCCGCCCUGGGCUCCACGGGCACCGUCGCGCACCUGGUGGCCUCCCAAGGGUCGGCGCGGCACGCCGUGCAGCACACCACCUACCCCGCCAGCAUCGUCCACCAGGUCCCCGUCAGCAUGGGCCCGCGGGUUCUGCCCUCGCCCACCAUCCACCCGAGUCAGUACCAGGCUCAGUUUGCCCAUCAGACCUAUAUCAGUGCUUCUCCAGCCUCCACAGUCUACACUGGAUACCCACUGAGCCCCACCAAGGUCAACCAGUACCCUUACAUCUAAAACACUGGAAUAAGGAGCGAGAGACGCACCCGUCCCGGGGGAGCGAGGCGGCCGCUUUUGUACUGAAGAACGUGACAAACUAACAAUGCAAUGGGAGGCUCGCGUGAAACUUGAACGAAGGAGACUUUAAGGAAGAAACGAAAAAGAGGAAAGAAGGGGGAGAACCAAUUCUACGCUUUUUAUUUAAAAAAAAAAAAAAAAGAAAAUGGAAAAAAAGAACAGAAAAAAAAAUAAAACAAACCACAAAAAAACAACCAUUCUGCACCAAACUAGAGAGAGAGAGAGAAGCAGAAGGACCCUCCAGCGGGUCCUGUCUUUUGAAGAACUUCACCAACAGACUUUUAAAGGUUAUUUUCAUCCGAUAGUGAGCUACAUUUAGAAAUUUGUUGUCCAGAACACCUAAAAUGAAAUCCAUUAGGUUUUUAAUCCAAUAGGUAUAUGGAUUAGGGAUUUAUCCAGCAUUUCAAAGGAUUUAUACCCCGUCUUUGCAGUGGGUUUUGUAUCCCAAAGCAUACAUAAGGUUUUGGGGUUCUUUUUUCUGGAAAUUAAAAGUGGGUAAGGGAGGUUGAGGGAGGAGGAGAAAAUGUUGUCCCAGUGCUCUAAAUUCGGAUCUAGCACUGCUACGCUUAAACACACCUGGGCAAAACAGGCCACGCAGCACUGGUCGAGAGCAGAAGCAAUGGGGAUAUUUCUCCCUUUCCUUGAACACACUGGAUAAAUCCCUGAGCAAUGCUAUUCCUAAACGAGAUCUUUAAUAAUGUAUGUUGGAUUUCAGUUGCGUUUCAUUUUUUUUUAUUUGGAAAUUUUCCUUUUCAAUCCCUAGCCGUUUUAGUAUAGGAGGAGACAUUUUAGCUGCCCCCCCUCCCCGCCCCCGGUAGAAUGUAGCACUAUACAGGUCAUAUGCCCUUUUUACUAUUUUCUGUUGAACUUCAACGAUACCAAUAGACUAUUCCUCAAUGUGAUUGCACAAAGAAAAGUGAUAUAACAUAGGCAUGUAACAAAUGUGAUUGUCCAGGUAUGUACGUGUGUGUGUGUGUGUGUGUGCGCGUGUGCGUGCGUGUGUGUGUGCAGAUGCUGCCUUCUCUCUGUGGUGUGUUCCUCGGCACAGCCAUUACAACUGUCACAGUCUUAGUUUUACAUCAUUCCCUCGUAGUGCCUUACCGAACUACAGACGCGGUUUAAGGGUUUACUUCCACUGGUACUCCUAGAAACUGACUGAGGCUAGUCGGAAUUUACUCUCAGCUCUUUUUCCUUUUUUUUUUUUUUUUUUGGGUUGUUAUUGCCGAUUUUCUUCUUCUGCUGGUGGUGGUGGGUUUUUUUCCCCACGUCGUCAAUCUUAGCUCACUCGGCGAGGUGUUGGGGAGGCUCGUCGGGGUUGGAAGUGCAUAUAGCUGGGUGUUUUGUCAAGCACUGGAUGGGCUGGAAGUGACCGGGUCGGUUGUGAGACCCAGGGUGACUCCCAGAGGGUCUGGGGAUUCGUUUGUGGACUGGUCUCUUUCUAUCCUGUUGAAAUAGCAGGUUUCCUCCCUGGAAACUGAAUUCUCAUUCUGCUGUUUGCCGACGUUCUCGGUGGAGUGGGAGGAUAGCGUCCGCCCGCAUUGCCAGGUUGUCCUGGUUGUGUGUCUGAAAUGGGAACAAAACUUUAGCCCCUGAAAGGGGGGAACACUCGUUGUUACUAACACCUCUCACUACAUCUGUCGUUGGGAAGGGGUCGGGAAAGGGCUGGAGUCCCAAAGCAAGCGUGAGAAAAUCCAGUUGAGAGAGUCAAACUCAGGUUUCUUAAGUGAAAAGAGGAUUGUAACACAUCGGGCCUUACCCACCCUAACGUAGCUGUGACAGCGUGCGCUUCCCCUCCUCCCUUCUCACCUACGCCCCGAAAGAUUGCCUGCAGCGGCAGAGUGACCCCAGAACCGGAGAGCACGGUGGUCCCGUGGGUCCUCCACGCCGAGGAACACGACGCGGUCGUCUGGUUUUCCGACAGGUUUCUAAAGAGAGCCUUUCCUACAGUUGGGUUUGGUUCAGAGGGGAGUUUCGCUGGUAACGGCGGUUGCACUGGUGCGUCAGUAUUUGGAAUUGUCUCUAGAGUACCCAUGCCUGUGGGUGGCCUGGGGAGGAAGGAGAGAAGAGGGCUUGAUAGAGCGUUUCCAUGAAAGCUGAAGUCUACAUGGCUGCUCGGUUCCACUCUACGUUUCUCUGUAACUGAGCAUGAAGUAUUCAGGUAUUUCACAAGAUGCUGGAAAAUAGCAGGUUCGUUGGCAGGGUGGCGAGGGAUGGGUUCCCUGGGUGGCAGUGAGGAAGGAGGCUCUCUCAGGUGGGAAAAGCUGACGAGGACAAGCGCAAAUACAUUGUCUUGUGGUAAGUGCUUGGCUGGCCUGGAAGAAGAAGGGAUCCCGCUAUGCGUAGGCUGUUCAACAAGGCUGUUGUCUUCUGGCAAACCACCAAAUAACCUCUCUGGUUGUCAGCUCUGGUUCCUGGGCAACCCUUGCACCGUUUUCUUCUGCCUGUCCUUCAUUCCAGCUCAAUAUACUGUAGAUGAGGAUGCGAUCUCCCAGCAGCCUAUGCACCUUACCUCCCCCUUCCUUUGGAAAGACAACACGUCCCCUUUCGUCUGAGGCAGGAAAAUAAAGCCCUGCUCUCUCUGUUGCAUUCCCCUCCUCUCCCACCAGUUUGGGAGCGAGAGCGUCAUGCUGCUUGUGUCAUGAAAAGGAAAGAUAAUGUUAUUUUAUUGUAUGGUUGUUAUGAUUAUGAUUAUUAUUUUAUUAUUAUUAUAUUUUACUCUGGGUUUUAAUUGCACACGCAUUCCUUAAUCUUUGUGGUUUUUUUUUUCUCUUAGUAUUGUUGUUAUUGUUGUUAAUUUUAUUUCUCUUCAUCAGUGGCAUCGGAAGGGUUGCUGUGUUUGUGAAAAGUGCAGGAGGAAGGGGAAACGAGAUUCUCCCGAGGAUGAAAAUUCUGCUACUAACCUACGGGGAGCGGGGCUGCUCUGUGAGAGCGGUUACAGCCUUGAGGGAUAGGAGUUACCCUCUGGGUCACAUCUGCAUUUCAGAAUAAGUCCAGAAACAUUCAUUCAGAGGCCAAAACCAAGCAGCAGCUAAUGUCAUGGUCUGCCAGAGAGCUGGGUCAAAGGCAGGUAAGGACCUUGGUGCCCUAGGAUCCAGCUCACCAUCGCUUUGAUGGCACAUUUAUAUGAGAUCAAGACCUACUUGUGCUCCAGGUCACGAUAAUUGGGCCCUUUUGAUGAACCCAAGGCCACGCUACAUGUUAAGGGUUUGGUUUUCCUAAAGGAGAACGCAGAUAGAUGGCUCUGUGGAAACAGGGCUAUCGGAGGAGCCGCGGCAGAGGCGUGAGUGCAGUUCUCAGUCCCAUCACUGGAUAAAGGACACUGGUGUACACGGAUGGCGUUAGCUGGGUAAAGCACGGCCGCAGACAGGGCAGGGUUCCUCGCCUGCUCUUCCACUCUCACUGAAGGUUAAUUGGGUGUCCUCAGGGCCAGGAUGCUUGGUUUGCGUUUUUUUUUUUUUUUGUCCCUGGUGUAGAUUUUCCCUUCUUUUAUAAUUAUUUGUUGUGGAAUUUUAUUAAACUGUUCUGGUUGCUAGAGUUUAGAUAUUUAUGUUUUCAUUUGCAUUGCGUGCUCUGUUAGAAUGGGGGAAAGCAGUGACUGAAUUUAAACUCCAUAAAAAAAUGAUAGGACUUCAGCAGAGACUUAAAGUUAAUCAUGCACUUGAGUGCUUUGCUAAAGAACAGACUUAAACCCUUCAAGUUAAUUACUUGUUUAUGCGCUCCUCUGGCCUAGGACUGGCGAAGCGUGGAAGGUUGCAAUCUCGAUCACAGUAAUGUUUUACUUGUAUUAAUUGUAUUUUCCCCUGUGUGCUCAUCUGACCUGCUCUCCCACGUGGGCUCAAAUCUGAUUUUGGGGGGUGUUUGGCAGCAGAACUGUUACAGCAGCACGGGCUGGCAGCGAGAAGGGGUGCAGCGUGUGUCGGAGGAGCCACCUUUCACGUUGUCCAUCCUGGAGCUGCUGAUCUGCCAGCUGUAGGUCGUCAGAUGAUUGUGGUGAUGGGACGCUGUGAUUGCAAGAGAUGCACGGUACAGCCGUCGAAUUGCUUGGAUGGUGCAACACUGCGCGAGAGCUGUGUUUUCUGGUGGGUAGGGGGGAGCUGAGCAACACCUCCUCCCUCACCUGUGUAAAGGCGUAGUAUGGAAAAAGGUGCGGCACAGUUAGUCACAGGGGAAACGCGGUCGUUUCAGCAGAGGAAGCAAAAACUUUGCAUGCUGUCAGGGCCACAUACAUAAUAACCGCCAGCUUGUUUUGCUCACAAAGUUCUUUGGAGAGGAAAUGGGAUUGGCGUGGUUGGGUUGGGUUGGUGUUCUUCGUGUGCGUGGGGUAAACGGCAUGGAAACUUGAGAAGGGAGGCGAAUGUUUAGAUACUGGAAGUUUUAUGAGUGGCUUAUGGCUGGCACAGUGAAAAAGCGGUCCCUUUCCACGUCAUCUCGUCUUGCAUUCUUCUCGUGCGGGAAGCAGAAGGAAGCGCGGACGUUGCCUCUCCUCAGAGGUGGAUGUUCAAAUUCCUGCUGUGAAACCAGAGUGCAGGAGGGAGGGGAGAGAACCGCUAACGUGAGCAGAAUGGAAAACUGAAUGGAAGCACUUCUCACUGCAGACUGGGCCAAAUCCAGUCGUUUGAGAGAGCAAAUGCAAUUGCAUCUUCCUCGGCAGAGUUGUACCUGCCUGCACCCAACAAAUUGGGCCUUGGCAGGUGUGUGUGUGUGUCUGUCUCUCUCUCUUUCUCUCUAGUACUUUUGUCACAAUACAUAAAACAUUCCAAGAAAGGGACACUUCUGUCUGUAACAUUUUUCCUUUUUUAUAGUUUCAAGGGAUUAUAUCUCGUAAUUUGGUUCGAAAGCAAUUCCAUUAGCAAACUUGAAGUGCGAUAAACCUGAUUUUUUUCUUUAACCAAAGAUACUUUUUAUUUUUUUAAGAGAGAUAGAGAGAGAGAAAGAGACCCUCACCCACUCCAGAAAUUAAAUGAAGCCACGUGUCAUGACCACCAGGCAAUGGGGAUACGCUAUAGAACUCCAUCUUUCCUUUCUCUUCUUUUUCUUUUUCUCUCUCAAGUUUCUGUCAUCGUUUCGAGUAGCUAGCUUGAUGAGCAGAGAAAUUCACACUAAAUAUUGCUGCUAUCCUAAACUGUAGGGGAUGUCGAAAACUUUAUUCUUCUCUCAUUAUUGUUCACAUUGAUUAAAGUGUUUCGGUGGUGACAAUGCAGUGUGGAAAUGGUGAGCUGCGUAGUGGGGGUAAGCUUCUGGAUGCUCUGCAUGCUUCUGUAGUGUCUCUCCCUCCCUGGAUUUAGGAUGCUGGUUUUGUUCCGUGGGUUGGACCCCGAACAGUGCUGCUGUGGUCGGGCCAGGCACAGCUGGGCAAGGGUGUUGGACUUACGCGUGUGGUCUUCCACGGCUUGGCAAUCAGCCCAUCAGAGAUCUGCAGUGCUGCUUGUGGGCCAAAUGCUGGAUACCUCUACGCAAGGUCUGCAGAAAUAAUCUUUGUUGAGGGUAGGCAACGCAGAAGGGAAAAAAUGUGGGAAGGGAACGAUUUCCCCCUUCCUGCUGACAGUGCUGUCCCUGCUGUGGUCCCAUGUGCCGUGGGAGCUUCAGAGCAGUUGAUCCGCGGUCCUGGGCACUCAUCCACGUCACUCCCCCGUCCCCGAGUCUUGCCGGUGCUCCGGUGAGGAGGGCCUGUGUCCAAAGUACGUGGAGUCCCCGGCUUACUUCUUGUGGCCCGCUUCUGUGCCUGCGAAUCGUUUUGCUCCCUCCAUACUCGGGGAGGAGAAGAAGGGUCUGCGCUGCGGGGGUUCCCCCACUGCCGUACUCCAACAAAAAGCUGCCUCUGACGACGGUGCGAGUCUUCGCCCCGGGCUGCGGAUGUUGAGCGAGGUACACCAUCUUACGGUGGUGCUUGAAGCCGCGGUGGCGGUCCUGCCGUAGGCGGCUCCUUGCUGGAGUACUGUGUCGGACGGGAGGUGCUGGGCUCUCCGGGCUGGUCCGCGUCCCCGUGGUCCGUCCUUCCCGCCAGCCGGGAACGCCAGGACCUGCGAGCGAUGCCGUGCCGCCGCCGCGCUCAGCACCCGCCCCAGGCGCGCAGCGAGACCCUUGAAGUAAGCCCGGGCAGCGCGCGGAGGAGCGCCGCGACCCGAGGGCUCCACGCCGAAGGUGUCUUUUUCCCCCGUGAGGACCGAAAUUGCUGGGAGUGACCCCAGAGGCGGUAGUUACCUGUGAGGAGCUGCGGAUGGAGGUGGAGGUGCGAGAACCGGACCGGAGGUAAGCCGGGCUGAGCUUCUGCGCUCAUCAGACGCUUUCAGUGGAAAGACACGGUUUAGAGCAUUUGCGUGUGUCAAGAGUGAAAUUUGAACGGUAGAUUGGCUUGGUUCUUCAGAAGUCUUAGAAAGCAUACUAGGAGGCUUUGUGUUCGGCAUUUAUGGUUUGAAACUCCUGUUUCUCAUUUACGGGUUAGCUUUGUCCUUCCAGUUUUAGCAGUGCUGCUAUAACAGACUAUUCAUGUGUGUUUGAAGAUAAAGGUUUUGUUUUUAAUCUUUUGCUUAUCAUAGUUAAUCUAAGAAAGGCAAUACUAAAGGUAUAUUUUUUUCCAAAAAUGAUAUUUUUUACUGCACUGAUAAAUAUUGUGACAUCUCUGUUCUUAACUCUUUCGCUGUGAGAGGAACUGUGUGCAGAUUCACACAAACCUUGUAAAUACUUGCGUGUACUUCUGACAGCCAGGGAUUUUUUUUCUUUUCUUUCUUUCUUUCCUUCUUUCUUUCUUUCUCGCUUUCUUUCUUUCUCGCUUUCUCUCUUUCUCUCUUUUUUUCUCUCUUUCAAACAAGGUUUCCUCUUUGAAACAGAAAGCAAUGGGGCAACAAUGCUCAGAGCAAAAGCAAAGCUUAUCCCACUUUCAGAACAUAGCCAAGGAGUUUUUGCAGUGCUGGCAUAGAGUUAAUAUUUAAUGCCGAUGUGUUUUGAUUUUUUUUUUUUUUUUUUUUCAGCAAACUGUUUGGAAAGGAAUAAGACAGGUAGAAAAGGUUCAGUCUGAAAUUCUGAUCAGAAAUGUUACCCAUCUAUUUUAUAGCAUCUCCAAGCUUUUUUUUGUUUUCCUUUAAUUUAAAAAAAAAAAAAAAAAAAAAGGCUUGUUGCAGGCUUGCUCGCCUGAGCUCUAGGCUGGCCAGCAGCUGUCCCGGGGGCACCUGGUGCUCUGGGACCGCUGGCUCCUUUGGAAGCAAACCCACUGAUCAGGAUUCUGGAUUCUGAUUGCUUCAAAGUGUAUCCCCCAGUACCGCGGGAUACCUUUGGUUUUUUUAAAGAAGGAUUUAGAUACACUUAUAUUACGCAAACUGUGACCUAAUGGCAAUAAUUACCUCAAAUGUGGGCAUUCAUCCUGGUUUUAGCCUUUUUGAAAACAUGUAGCCAGCUUGAACUUUGAUUCAAAGACUCUGAACUCCGUAGGGGCGGAAUAGCGAUAAAUGCCCACCCUGGUCAUUGUUGCUUGAGUGAAUUCUGAAGACAGUGAAUCUUUAAAAAGAAAAAAAAAAAAUUAAACCAAGGAAUAGAUUACUCUUUUAUGUAUUUUAAUCAAUUGUGAUGUUAAAAUGCACAUGUAAGUAAUAUAUGUUUAUAGCUACUGUAAAAUGCUUUGGCCUUCUAGAAGAUAUUUAAUGAGUCACAUUUUAAACCAAUAUGAACUGAAUAAUAGACUGUGGCUACUUAAACAGUUUUCUGGCUACAUUUUAUAGUUAUUACAGUGUUUUAUAGUUUACAUUUAAACUGGUACUUUUUAAGGGAAAUCUUGUGUUUGUAAGUGACACCUUCAAAAACUCAAUACAGCUGCCUCUUUUUAAUUUCGCCCGUUAAAAAUGGAAAAGUACAAGCGUGUCUUUAAUAUGUAUAUUCUGUUUUGAGAUAUAACAUAGUGUUGGAAAGUCAGUCCAGAGAUCAAGUAAUCCACUGUAUUCCAAAGUCUGGUUGAAAAAACACUCCACACACUUCGAAGAUUUAGUCCAACAGAUAAGCUAUUUGUUUGUUCGCUUGUGUUAAUAACGUACUUUAUCAGGCUCCUUGGGUUGAAGCAGGGAGUACGAUACUAAAUUCACUGUUCUAUGUAGGAUCCUCAUCUGGAUGAAGAUACCCGCGUCAGGAGAAUGAAGGAUAUUCAAAGGAAGGAUUGUAUUGUACUGUUGAUAAAUCAUUAGCCAAAUGAUUAAUUCCUGAGUUAGUGAAUGCUUGUUUUAUUUUGGGGGGGGGGGGUUGUGCGUGCAUGCGUGCGUGUGUGUGUGACAGCCACUCAGAGGCAAUGCUGUAAUUUGGCUUCCAUCUGUUCACCCCUUUCUUACAAACGAUGCUUACCACCACAGAAAUGUUUUGAACCAGUAAACGAAAUACAAAGUUCACUGACCAUCUCCUUGUCAGCUCUGUUUUCUCAGCCCAUGCCGGUUCCCGUCAAUGCUGUUUCCCCGCUGCUCUUACCCUGUACUUUGCAUUUUGAUAUAUCACAUUCCCCCCUCCCCGGUCUCGCUUAGCUGUCUAGUUUUGUCCGUUGUGUUCUUUCACUUGGGUAACCAAUGAACACGGUAUAAAUGUCUGCUGGGCAAAAUGGUACUUCGAGGUCAUGAAAGUACAGGAAUUAGCAUUUAAAAAUACGUCUGUGUACAUCUGAAGAGCGAGCUUCGGUCGUGGAGCUCGGGCACUCUCGGAAGGGCUCCCUGCGUGUUUCCAUCACGCCUGAUGGGGCCGUAUCCGUCAGCUUAGAGCAGAGGUAGCGAUAAGGAGCGAUCGGCAGUGCUUUGCAGUUGGGCGCCCGUGCUGCUCCCAGUACAAUCAGCAGCGGUGGGGCUGGGGGAGCGCGACCCGCCGCCUCCUCCUCCUCCUCCCUCAGCACCGUGCCGGGGCUGCCGUGCCCGCCUCGCCAUCCACGUUACCAAAGCGAUAACGUAUCGUACGGCAAAGCCAGGACUGUCAGCAGCACUCGGGCCAACUGGAAAACGUCCACCCUUUCUCGCCGCGCACCGCCACCCAACCGACGUGCUCUGCUGCCCUCGGCACCUGCCUGGUCUGCUGUUCUUGUGGGGGGAGUCAGACCCGCAAAUACCAGCGCGCUCAAAUGAAGGAGCCGCAGAGUCUCGUUCAGUACUUUGGCUUGCAGCUUGUUAGGCAAGAAGGGGUUUCCGACACUGGCAACGCACAUCCCGUAGGAUCUGGAUGGUUACGUAUAGCACCUCUGCCCUCAGCAAGGAAAUAAAACGCUUCUGCAAUGCUUCCGCCUCACGUGGUUACAUACAACACUUCUGGCUUUUCUUCCCCCCCCCCCCCCCUUUAUCCCGUAUGUGUUUGAUUUUUUUUAUUUUUUUUUUAAUAUUUUUUUGCUCUGUAUUCUUCUUGAAAUGAAACUUCCACGGAUAUUCCAGGGCACAACCAUUUCAGGUGUAAAAAAGGAUCUCCUCAUCCCAUGUUUCACCAACAGAGCAAUCGAGGCGUUUUGGGUACCAGAUUCUACUUGGGCAGAACCAGAAUGUAGCCUGUAUCUUUCAUACCAAAUCAAAUUUCUGAAAGGAGAGGAAGUGUCAUUAAUAGCUUUAUUAAAGGAGUGUGUGUGAGAGAGAGAGAGAGAGAGAAAGAGAGGGAGCGAAAAAGAGAGAAGAAAGAGGGGCAUCUCGGAAGGUGAAGAGUCUAGACUUCGGGUAGUUAAAAAUGAACCAAUGGGUGAAACAUUUUUUUUAUGAGCCGUAAAAUCCUUUUAAAAACAGGAGGGGGGAAAUGGAGGGAAUGUUUUAUGCCUUUCAACUGCCCACAAGCCCAGCGUACUCUGGAUGGAAAGUGGAAGUUAAUAUACACUGCACCAAAAUUGUUAAGGGGAAGAGAGGGGGGGAAAAAAGCUGUGAAACGCUAUCACAAUCGCAAGGGAAAAGAUGCUCCUGCCCCAGCUCUGGAUCUCGAGUGGUUCUUUCUCUACAGUAUCAUCUCAGCCCAGUAACCCCACGAAAGCCCUGAGCCGUUGUGUUCCUUCACUGUACGGUUUCUGUAAUAAGAGUGUUAAUCCAUGUUAAUCUUUGUGAAAAUUAUUGUGUGCAACAGUAUUUUCUUGUGUACUGCUUUUUUCCUAUGUGAAUUGUCCCUUCUGUUUUCUUUUUUGUUUUUUUUCCCUUCCUUUUUUUCUUCUUUUUUUUUUUUCUUUUGGUAAUAUGUCUUUCUUCUUUAAAAAGAAAAAACAAAAACAAACUGAUGUGUUGUAGACCUAUAUGUAACCUAUUCCUUAGUCUCAUAUUAUAGGUAUGUUAUAAGAAUGGAUAUUUUACUUGGCUUUAGAAUGUUUUACAAGAAAACUAAUUCUUAACCAAUCAAGUUCUUGCUACUAAAAAAAAAUGCUUGUGUUUUUCAUCAUGACGUUGUGUGCUUCUAAUUAAUAAUCAUUUUCGUUGUAGAAAAAUGGAGUGAAUUUAUAUUAGUCUUGGAAACUAAUAAUAGCAUUGUAAAUUUAUGAGAUGAUUUUAACAGAAAAUACAUUAUAGAAGAAUAUAGUUAUUUUAAUUGUAAUAUUACUAACUGUAGGGUGAGAAAGGAGGUCCCGUUGUGGUGAACUAUGUUAUAGCUUGUUAUUCACGGUUUCUUUUUGAUCAUUUUUUCGGUCUCUGAGGUGAAACGAGUUAUUAAUCAGAAUUUGUAAACUCACAUAUGCAUAUUGUAUAUGUGUAGAAAUGUAAUCACACUUUGUCUUGGAAUUACAUUAAACUGUUUUAAGUCACUGCAAA